GUAGUAAUAUGACCAGUAUUGACAAUUAUUUUGGAGAGUUUCUGGACAAUGAAGAUAAUGAACAAGAACAGAAUAGUAAACCUCUACAAGACAUGCGUUCUGGUGUAAUAUUUUUAAUUGAUUGUACGCCGACAAUGCUUGGAUUACAUGGUUCAUUCGAUUUAAAUAAUAGUAAUGCAGUGGAUUCAUCAUCAGUAAAAAGUGGAUUUGAUUUAAGUCUGUUAUGUUGUCAAACAUUUCAACAGAAUAAAGCACUUCAUAGUCCUUUUGAUAUGAUCGGGCUUGUUUUAAUGCGUACAAAUGAGUCAUCUGUUGACAUGAAGAAUAUUAUGGUUUUACAGCCUUUAGGUUUGGCUGAUUCUACACGUAUAUUAGAAAUUGAAAAGUUGAGACAGUUAAAACCCGAUGAAUUGGAGAAACGAUAUGGUACUAUUGUAAAUCAACCUAAUAUUACUUUUCCUCUACACGAAGCAUUGUGGGUUUGUCAAAAUCAAUUUAUCACCUGUUCAAAGACAUUUGGUAUCAAACACAUCUUUUUGUUAACUGACGAUCCUGAUCCAGUAAAUAAAAAUGCAAAUUUGAAACGUAGAGCAAUUGCUAAGAUGGCCGAUAUGAAACAAUAUGGAAUUGAACUUGAAGUUAUUCCGAUUAAACAACAAAAUACAAAAUUUGAUUAUGAAUUAUUUUAUGAUGAGUUACUAGAAGAUGAAUUAAUGUAUCCUGAUCUAGACAAAUCUUCUUAUCAUCCUGAUCCAACUGAACGUCUUGAUGAAUUAUUAAGCCGUAUUAACUCACAUGAAUUACGUCGAUCACGUUUAGCUCGUUUACCUUUUCAUCUUGGAUCAUCGAAAAAUCUCACUUUAGGUAUUUCAGUAUAUUGUUUAGUUUAUCCAACACGUAUCCCCUCUCCAAUAUGGCUUUCAUCUUCAGAUAAUAAAACUGUGCGUGUUCAUAGAGAUUAUUAUAAAAUUAUAGAUCCAUAUGGAUCUUUUGAUCCAGUUAAAGAUUUAUUACCAUCCCAUGAUUUAGUACGUGGCAUAAAACUUGAUGGUCGUUAUAUAUGCUUUGAUAAAGAUGAAUUGACUGAAGCUGUGCGUAAUAUUGCUCCUGUCGGUUUACACCUAAUAGGUUUUAUAUCACAGAAGUUUUUAAAACGAUAUUAUUACAUUCGUCCAGCACAUUUUAUUUAUCCUGAUGAAAAAUCAAUUCAUGGGAGUCGUUUAUGGUUUACCGCUUUAUUAAAUCGAUGUUUACAUCGAAAAUUAUUAGCCAUAGCUAUAUAUGUUCAACGUAAAGGUCAAUUUCCUCGUCUUGUUGCACUACUUCCUCAGGCCGAACAGAUAAACGAUGAUGAUGAUGACGGUGACAGUGCUAAUAGAACUCAAACAAUACCACCGGGAUUUCAUAUUAUAUUUUUACCUUACGCUGAUGAUUUUCGUGAUAUUGAAAUUCCAACGAAUGAAAUAGCUAACGAAUCUCAAGUGGAUAUUGCUAAGGCCAUGAUACGUAAACUUAUGGUACCAUUUACUCCUGGACAAAUUGAAAAUCCAACAUUACAACGGUUUUAUUCACUUCUUGAAGCAUUAGCUCUUAAUCGUGAAACUCAAUCGGAAGUUGUUGAUCAUACAUUACCUAAAUUUGGAGCUAUCAAAAGAAGAGCCAGUGAAGAAAUUGCAGCAUUCAUAGAAUGUUUCAAUUUAAAUAACGAGAAUAUAUUCAAAGUGAGUAAAGUAAAGUGUAAAGAAGAAAUCUAUAUUUGGCAUUCUGUAGUAAUGCAUUUGUGAGUCAAUAAGAAUUAAAAUUGAUCAAAGUUGGGAUUAUAUAUCACUUGAAUUAUUAAUCAGUCCAGUGAUUUUAAGGAUCAAGCGUUCUCUGUGAGACCUGAAUGUCGUGGAUUCCAUUUAUGUAUGGAGUUAUGGAUUGGUUACUGAUGAAAAGUGUUCCAUACUAGGACGAAACGACUUUCCAGUACUCCCCGGUUUUCAAUGACACUUUAAAUGAAGUCAAUUCAUGAUGAAUAUCACAUUCAAAACAAUAAGCCUUUAAUUUGCCUUUAGUUUCAUUAAUUUUGAAACACUGACUUCGUAUUACUUAAAGGAAUUUAACUUUCCACUUAGUGGAUUACAGCUUGGGCUUACUUACUUACUUCUUACUUCUCAUAAGGGAUAGGCCAUCGACCAGGCAGGUUUAAACAGCGAAUAAUAUUACUAGUUGUAUGUAAAUGUGUAACUUGAAAGCUGUUUAUACGACUGAGUGUUUUGUAAGGAGUUACCUUGGUUAUAUUAAUCUAGAAACAUAUCUUUUGGUUAGCCAGUCAACGUGGAGGUAUAUGAAUUUGAGUCCUGUCCUACUUAAUGACGUUUCGACAGUCCUAGAAUGUUUUAUUAAGCCUCAAAAUUUAAUUAUUUAUUUAAUCACUUGCACUGUUUUUAUGCAUUUCGCUAAAGCUAAUCUUCAAUCAUACACUGUUAUUUGUCAACAUAAGGAAACAUUUAACGGAACAAUUUUAAUUUGGUUAUUUAUUCUCUGAAGAAGUGACUUACACUAAGUCACGAAACGUCAGAAAAUCUAAUUUUUCUACUCAUUGGGAUAUUACAAAUAUAUUAUUUAUUUAUUUAUAACAAUCUACCCAAUGCUCAAUUUAUUCGAAAUUAUCAAAUCAAAUCUUGGUAACGAUACUUAUAAGGAAACUUUAUUGGAAAGAUUAUUAUUUAUUUUAUAGUUAUUAGAAGGGGUUUUAUGGAGGUUUUUUUAAAUAGAAAUUUCAAUAGUUGGAAUCAUAAGUCAAUUGAAGCUAAACCACCAUGGAAAACCCGGAAGCACUGGACGGCCGUUUCGUCCUAGUAUGGUACUCCUCAGCAGUGCACAUCCACGAUCCCGCUCCCCGCGAGAUCCGAACCCAGGACCUAUCAGUCUCGCGCGCCAACGCCUAACCAUUAGACCACUGAGCCAGCGUCCAAAGGUGUUAAUGUCGAGUUUCGACCAAUCCACGAAGUCACGCCACCGUAAACCAUAGUUAUUUAACAGUCUUGUUAAGUACCGAAUUAAGACAUCUCUCUACAAUUGAUUAACACAUUUCGAGGUAAUUGACCGUUUUUUGAUCAGUAGGAUACAUAUUCAUAAAUUAUUCUACAAGAGAUCAGUAAAUUAUGUCAUCACUUAAUUAGAAUAUUGAAAUAUGUGAGAAAAUCAUCAAUAUACAAAUUAGCUAUUAUUCAAAUUCAAUUCCAGUUACAUAACAUUCACUAUACGUUAAUAAUUUGUUAUUAUAAACGUGUAACCGAUUUGUUCUUUUAUUUAAAAUACCAAAUCACUUAGCUUGAAUUCAUAAGAUCUCAUUUAUUGUUGAUCUAUUAACAAACAUUAGUUUGUGAAGAAGAUCAAAUUCAUUCUUGAAUAUUAGUUAGUGUGAGGAUAGUACAAAUUUGUUGGAAACUAAGGAACAUUUUUUAGCUGUUUUGUUGUAGUAUGACUCUCCAGUGGUUAAAUGCAAAACUUUCAAGUCUAACGGUGAACACAUAACUAUUGGAAUUACUGAUUUGGCAUCUAAUUGUAUAAUUUCAACGCCAAUCAUUUUGCGGUAAUUCACAAUAUACAGUGUUUGCAAAUGAGUUAAUUGACCAAAACUAUCAAAUUAGGUAUUUAUUGUAGUGGCUAUGUUUCUGUGAAAGAUAUUUAUGGUAUAUCAAUUGUUAAAUGCAUAGCACCGUUUAUGUACGGCGCAAUAAAAGUAUUUUUACUUUCUAUCUGAACUAUUUAGAUUUCUUUACGGGGUACUAGUUGGUAACCAGUUUUGAUAAUACGCUAUACUUUAUUUGAUGACUUUAUAUGAUUUAAGGCCAUCACUAUUAUAAUCCGUGUGUUGUUUAGGAUGUAUGCAAGGUUUAUUUGUAUUGUUGGUAAAAAUGUUGCUGUUUUCGGGCUUCAAACCACCAUUUUUUUUAUGUAUCGUGUAGAAGUGAUCCAAUAAUAGUUUAUUAACAUUCUCAGUCACAUAUUUAAACCCGUCUCCGUUUACUUAGUUAUGAGAAACCAAGGUAAUAUCUCGUAUUCUUACAUAGUAAAUUGAACUGAAAACCGAUUGUCUCUACAUGAACUUACUUACUAAGUUGUAUUAAGUUUACAGUUACUUGUUACUAAUAUCAUUGAUCGUAUUUAUUUUAUUUUCUCCUACAAACACAGAAACCUCGUCCUACACAAUCCACUUGUAAUCAAGAAGCAAAAUGUUGUUUAUCUGAGAUAGAAUGUAAAGAAGCUGUUCAAUCAGAUAGUCUACACAAAUAUACAAUACCUGUAUUACGUGAAACAAUCAAAUCACUUGGUCUCAAAAUAUCAGCCAGUAAAAAAUCAGAUAUUAUUCAAAAAAUCAUGGAUCAUUUUUCAGAAAACUAAUUUUUUUUUUGUCAGUUUGUCAGCCAUUUUUUUCUUUUUGUUUCCCCCAUUUUCCCCCGUUCGCUUUCUCUGAAGUGAGCACUAGAAGACACAUGAAGAAUAUCUGUAAUGUAACUGUGUAUAGACAAUAAUAUUUAAGUGUUUCGCAGUGAACUAUUUUUUUUCUUUCGAAUAACCUUAUUACUGUUUAUUUUUAUAACCUUUGUCCAUGACAUUAUUUAUAUAUUUUUCUUGUUAUUUUGAUAAUGUCAAAAUAAACAAACAAAUUCCAAUACUGAACAUUCUCUAAAUAAAGAUUGAUCAUUGAACAUAGUUUGUUAUUUUUAUUGUUUCAUAUAAUUUGAAAAACUGACCUAGAACAAUAAUUCAAUUUGAUGGGAUUAAAAAACAAACAAACUUGUCUUAUGAUUUUG